AAUCUGUUUCCAGUGCCACACACACACAUAUAAAAGCACAGUCGGGGGGAAGAGAAUCGGAAAACGGAGGAGAUGGAGAGCGUUUCAGAGCUGGUGGCAUUUCCGCUGCUGACGACGCCGAUCGAAUCGAACUACAGAGCUUGCACCAUCCCUUACCGCUUCCCCUCCGACAAUCCCCGCAAGCCAACCCCCACUGAGAUUGCCUGGAUCGACCUCUUCCUCAACUCCAUCCCUUCCUUCAAGAACCGAGCUGAGACUGAUGCCACAGUCACUGAUGCUCCUGCUAAAGCUGAAUUGUUUGCUCAGAGGUACUCUGAGAUGCUUGAGGACUUGAAGAAGGAUCCCGAGAGUCACGGCGGUCCGCCUGAUUGCAUUCUACUUUGCAGACUUCGGGAGAUAGUUCUAAGGGAGUUGGGGUUCAGAGACAUAUUCAAGAAAGUCAAGGAUGAGGAGAAUGCAAAGGCGAUAACCCUGUUUGAUAAUGUGGUGGAUCUCAAUGAUGCUAUUGAAGAUGAAGGCAAGCGGGUCGAGAAUCUGGUUAGAGGGAUAUUCGCUGGGAAUAUAUUUGAUCUUGGUUCUGCACAGCUUGCUGAAGUUUUCUCAAAGGAUGGUAUGUCUUUCUUAGCUAGUUGCCAAAACCUUGUCCCUAGACCUUGGGUUAUUGAUGACCUGGACACUUUCAAGUUGAAAUGGAGCAAGAAACCUUGGAAAAAGGCUGUUAUAUUUGUUGACAAUUCUGGUGCCGAUGUUAUUUUGGGUAUCUUACCAUUUGCAAGAGAGUUACUCCGUCGUGGUACACAGGUUGUGUUGGCUGCUAAUGACAUGCCCUCUAUCAAUGACAUAACUUACCAUGAACUGAUUGCGAUUUUAGCUAAGUUGAAGGACAACCAUGGGAAGCUCAAAGGUGUUGAUACUACGAAUCUUUUUAUUGCCAACUCGGGUAAUGAUUUGCCGGUCAUUGAUCUUGCUAGUGUGUCGCAAGAGCUUGCUUACCUGGCCAGUGAUGCAGACCUCGUUAUCUUGGAAGGGAUGGGUCGUGGGAUUGAGACAAAUCUUUACGCACAGUUCAAGUGUGAUUCCCUUAAGAUUGGAAUGGUGAAGCAUCCAGAGGUUGCCCAGUUUCUUGGAGGACGAUUAUAUGAUUGCGUCUUCAAAUACAAUGAAGUUUUGAGUUGAUAAUGUGCUGAUUCUUUUCUGUACUACUUCUGAGCCAUUCUAUUCUAAGUCAUUCAGUAGAUGAAUGGUCCUUUAGCGACCGGAUGAUCAUAUAUAUGGGA